AUGGCAGCUCAGAGCGACGCGUUCAAGCAGGCAGUCAUUGACUCCAAGAAGCUUACCUCGAAGCCCAGCAACGAGGACCUCCUCGAGAUCUACGGUCUCUUCAAGAUCGCGAACGGUGAGGACAUCACCAAGGCCCCCGCCCCCGGCAUGUUCGACCUCAAGGGCAAGGCCAAGAAGAACGCCUGGCAGAAGCUCGUCGACGAGGGCAUCACCCCCGAGCAGGCGCAGGAGAAGUACGUUGCCAAGAUCGAGAGCAUGAAGCAGACCUACGGCUUCGACGCCAACAAGGAGCCCGAGGCUGUCGGGAACUAA